GGCCCAUUCACCACACCCAGAUAUAUUCGAAUGAAAAGAGAAAUCACAAUAAUUCUUUCAAUAUAAAUCCCUAAAAAUCCAAUCCUGAUUUAUCAAACCCCCUGCCUUUUAUUAUUGAGCGUAGUAGCGAAGCUAAGCAAGACCGAGAAGAAGAAGAAGCCACGUCAUGCAGAUCUUCGUCAAAACCCUAACCGGAAAGACUAUCACUCUCGAAGUCGAGAGUAGUGAUACUAUCGAUAAUGUCAAAGCUAAGAUUCAGGAUAAGGAAGGUAUUCCUCCAGAUCAGCAGAGGUUGAUUUUUGCUGGAAAGCAAUUAGAAGAUGGAAGAACUCUUGCAGAUUACAACAUUCAGAAAGAGUCAACCCUUCACUUGGUACUUAGGCUUCGAGGAGGAACAAUGAUCAAAGUUAAAACUCUUACUGGGAAGGAAAUCGAAAUUGAUAUUGAACCAACUGAUACCAUUGACCGGAUUAAGGAACGGGUCGAGGAGAAGGAAGGAAUUCCUCCAGUGCAGCAAAGGCUUAUCUAUGCUGGCAAGCAGCUUGCAGAUGACAAAACAGCCAAAGAUUAUAAUAUUGAGGGUGGCUCUGUACUUCAUUUGGUUCUUGCACUGAGGGGUGGUAGUUUCUAAAUAAAAUUUCAAAUAUUAGUGAAAACCUGUUGUGGUGCUUUAUGUACUGAGAAAAGCAGAACUUGCAUACGUUUUCUACAAAUGCUUUCAUCAUCUGGCCCAGUAUUGUGUUUCAUUUUUAAAAAUUUAGUACAUCAACUGCUAUGGAUUGUAAUUCGCUGUUUAGCUUUUUUCUGAAUUUUUUCAUAUUGAUUGCUUUGUGAUUGA